GAAACAAUGAGGUAAUAAUAAGAUUUUUUUUGGUCAAUUAAAACUAUUAUUUUAAAAAAUGAAAUGUUACAAAACUAAAUAAAAAUAGAACUCCGAUCCAAUAUCAAUUCAGACAAAUCAAAACCAGAAAAUUUUGGUCCGGCUUUCAGAUCCUAAUUACUUGUGUAUCAAGAAAAAAAGAAAAGGUUACUCUUCCUUCCCAAACAUAGCCAAAGACAAUAUCGAGUAAUAGUGAAUUUUCACAUCACAAAACCGAUUAGGUGACAUCUCAUCCCUGAGAAUCCCAACAUCAAUCGGACAAUGAGAUGAAAGGAUGUGAGUUGAAUUUUACCGGCAACCCAAAUAUAGAGAGAGAGUCUUUAACCCUACUACUUACAAAUGCGAUAUGCAUUUUUAUCAUGGUAAGUUGUCAUGUUGCCAGAUUGAAACUAGAGACUUCCCUUAUGACACCACCUGUCUAAUUGAUUUGUCCUCACCUUUUGUAGAAGGCCUGAAAGUGCCUGAAACUAUUCGAAGUCCAAAUUGUAGAGCAGUAGAGCUCCACGUAAUAUUCGGUUUCAGAAUCGCCCCCUCUUUCUGUUAAUUUGGUCAUAUUUCCUCUUCCUCUGUUCUGUCAUCGCCUUGUCUCCUUAAUACUUCUUAAUAUUGUGAUUACAGAUUAGUUUUUUAUUCCUGCAAAUUUCGGACCUGAAUUUGCCUUCCGGUUAGUCCUUAUCUAGAACAAUUAAAUACAUUAGUAAAAGCAUGAUUCGAUCAUGAAGUAAAUCCAUCUAAAUCGAACGAUUUUCAAUUUACCAACGCAGCAUCUUCCGACAGCGAGCUGCACCGCUGCUACCUAGGAAGCACGGAAACGCCUAUCUCCUUCAAGUUUCCGUCCCGGAAACGUUUCGGAAACGGGAAACGAAGGGAAACGCUGGGGAAACGUCGGGAAAGGCCAGGAAACGUUUCUAGGCUAUUGGGCUUUUGGGCCGGGUUGGGAAACGUUUCUGAUACGUUUUUUUAAUUCAUUAUAUGCGUUUCUUUCUGAAUCUGAAGAAUACCAUUCCUGCUGUGCCGCACUCUAUCCGCAAACGAACGUCGUCCGCAAUCCUUCUGCAAUCCUUCUGCACGACUCCCCAGUCCCGCACUCGAAAACGAAGGCUUGAAGAGUUGUGACUCCCCUGUCCCCAGUCGACUGGAACAACAAAGUCAGACAGUCUGCAUCGGACUUGAACGAUUGAAGAGUUGAAGCUGCCAGCGACGAACCCUUGUGAAAGACACAAAGGCUCUGGUGUUGCAUUGAAGGCUUGAAGAACAGGAUAUCCCUUGCCGCUUAUUUGUGAGGCGGUGAGCAUUAAAUUAAUUGCUGCCAGAGUAUUAAAUUGCUGUCACAAUAAGUGAUUCAUCUUUUUAAUCUUGAAAUAUGGGAAGCAUUGAAGUUAGUGGGUCUUCUAGUGAUGCUGGCAGUGGGUCAGGUUCUUCCGUAGGGAUUGAUAAUACACCGUAACAUUACUUAGACUAGUAAAAUUUUAAUUUUUAGUUCGACGUUUCCUUUGCCGUACCCGUAUCUUGAUAUUCUGAGUUUAGAGUUUCCGCGUCCCCGUUUCCGUUUCAGUCCUGGUGCUACUUAGGCUGCUACAGCCGACAGCGCCCUACCCGGCUGCCCUUACGUCAGUCCGCCGCACUACUCAGCCAGAUCCUCCCCUGGUUUUCAUCCUUCAAAACACAACCAUUGAAUCUUGUUUCACUACAGUAAUGGGAUGGUAUAGAAGAUCAAGACUUGGCCUGGAUGCUCUUAUGCUUUCAGCAGCCAAGAUUUCACCCAGAAGUCCCGUCUUUGAAAUAAUCUCCAGAGCCAAAUUCAGAUCCGGGUCACCCCAUGUCUCCUCUCAAUUUCCAAGAAACACAUCAAUUUUUCAACCUGUGUUUCAACAGAAUCACUAUAAAACCCAAUUUCUCGUGCAGUCAAGGAGAUGCUACUAUGUCGACCGGUACCAAGUCCGCCAUUUCCGUCCCAGAGGACCGGAUCGGUGGUUCCAAAACCCUAGAAAUGUGUUCAUCGCCGUUGUGGUCGGGUCGGGAUUUGUAAUAUCCAUUUACUUUGGGAAUUUAGAGACUAUACCAUACACGAAGCGCACCCAUUUUGUGCUCUUAUCCACAAGCCUCGAGAAGAAUCUAGGAGAGAACGAAUUCAAGAAGUUAAAAGAAAGCUUUAAAGACAAAAUUCUCCCCUCCAUCCACCCAGAAAGCGUGAGGGUACAAUUGAUAGCCAGUGACAUAAUAGGGGCUUUGCAGAGAGGUUUGAGAAAGGAACAAGUUUGGAGUGAUAUCCACUACACAUCAUCAGAGGGUGUGGAGAGGAGUAAUAGAACUAGCUAUGAUCGUGAGACAUUAAUGGCUACUUCUCCAUUGAGUGAUAAAUGGGAGGAUAAUGAGGUUCUAGAUGAUAAGUGGAUUGAGAAGAGUAGGAAGGAGGGUAAGAAGAAAGGUAAAGAAUCUGCUACUGCACAUUUGGAGGGUUUGAAUUGGGAGAUUUUGGUGGUUAAUGAUCCCAUGGUUAAUGCUUUCUGUUUGCCUGGCGGGAAGAUUGUUGUCUUUUCUGGUUUGUUCAAGCAUUUUAAGUCUGAUGCUGAAAUUGCUGCCAUUAUUGGCCAUGAGGUUGCACAUGCUGUGGCCAGACAUAGUGCUGAAGAAAUUUCAAAACGGUUGUGGCUUACCAUCAUACAACUGGUUCUUUACCAGUUUGUUAUGCCGGACGUUGUUAACACCAUGUCCACUCUUUUCCUAAACCUUCCCUUCACAAGAAGGAUGGAGAUGGAAGCAGACUACAUUGGGCUUCUUUUGAUGGCAUCAGCUGGGUUUGACCCACGAUUUGCACCAAAAGUGUACGAGAAGUUGGGGAAAAUUUCAGGUGAUUCGGCUUUGAAAGAUUACUUGUCCACCCAUCCAUCUGGUAAGAAGAGAGCUGAGUCGCUGUCUCGGGCUGGAGUCAUGGAUGAAGCUCUCAAUAUUUAUCGCGACAUUCAGUCCGGAAAAGGAGUGGAAGGAUUCCUAUAGAGGGAUGAAUGAAGAAAAUGCUCACUGUUAUACUUAUACCCCACAGGAACUAACUAAACUACCUUGUUUGUGCUUAAAAGUCAGAACGAGUUGAGCUUUUGGUUUUUCAUUUUCAUUUACCUCAGUGCCGCAAAGGCUCCCACCUACGGUGGGGUAAGGGAGUUGAGCUUUUGGUUUAUUUGUAAAUAUUUAAUUUACUAAAAAUUGACGUUUUUUGAAAUGGUAAAUGGCUUAUACAUA